UGUUAUUGUCCUUGACGCAUUGUUCGCGUGGCGGAGGACUUAACGAGUACAAUGGCAUCGGCAACCUCAAAAAGCUUUCUUUCUUUCUUUUUUCCCUCCUUCCACGUCCCUCGUUAGUUUUUUCGACGUCGCCGGCCGACUCUUGGCAUGUCCCUCGCACCUCCUCCGACGUACGACACCAUCGUCACGACUUCCCUCAAGCCCUACCUUGAGCUUCCCCAUCUUUAUUCUCUCACAUGGCUGGCAUAUCCCAUUCUUUCUCUUUUCUUUAUUGCGUUCCGUCUGUAUUCUUCUUUGGAGUCGUCGCAGGAUUCUAUCGCGAGCGCCAAGUCUACGUUGUUGGCUAGCUGUAAGGCGGCGGAGAAGGCCGCCACGGCGACAGCGAGCAUGCCCCGUUACCUGGCCGUUGCAACGAACGAGCAGUAUGCAGAUGCGAUCAAUGGCACCCUUCAACUUGCUCGCGCGACUUUGGUAGUAGCACUUACCAUGAUGGAAGCGAUCAUUAAUUUCAUCAUCGACAUUUAUCAAUCGACGCUCUUGUGUUUCGUGGAACUUGUUGUCCGUGGAGGAUUAGCGAUCCUGUCUGCUGCGGUGAAAGAGCUUAAUGAUGUAGUCAAUGCUGCUGCCAGUGGUAUCGAGACGGCACUGAACAAUAGUAUCUCCGCUGCUAAUAGCGCCAUCGACACAGCCGUGAAAGCAGUUAAUGCCGUUAACCCCUUCGACGACAUCACUGCACCCACUAUCAGCACCCCAGAUCUCAGUGCAUUGUCUAAUGUCUCUUUACCGUCGUCUUUCACUGACUCGAUCGACAACUUGAAUAGCUCCUUGCCGUCAGUUCAAGAACUUAAGCAGAAAAUUGAGUCUAUCAUUGAUACACCUUUCGAGCUCUUAAAGAAGGAAAUUAAUGAUACUUUCGGCGGCUUAAAUUUCAACUCAUCCCUUGUCACCGUGCCUCAGCAAAACACCCUCACGUUUUGCAACGACAUGGAUACGUCCGUAGUGGAUGACUUGGGUCGCGACAUAAUCAAAUUCACCAAGAUUUCUAUUGUUGUUUUGAUUGCCUUGGCGCUACUGCUCGUUGCACUCAAUUGUCUUUUGGAGUGGUACAAGUGGCGCUGCCAGCAGCGACACUUCCAAUACACCCGUGAGGCAUGGAUGACUGACCCCACGAUGUAUCAUGUCCCCGGCGCUGUAGGAGCUCCGCAAGUCAGCCUCACAGAUCACAAUCUGCUGAUGCUCCAGGCCUCUUCAUCGCAUCCCCUCAUCACACGCAUCAUCAACCAGAUUUCCUCCCGUCUACAUCUCUCUCCGUCACAGCACACAAAUAUGACGUGGUUCUUCCACUACAUCUUUCAUCCUCCGGCACUGGUGUGCUUCCUCAUAGGCUUUUUUGGAAUCCUGAGCGUCCAGCUCCAGCUCCUUGCUCUGGGCCCACUCGUCGCCAAGUACGAUGCUCAGGCUGCAGCUUCCACCGCUGACUUUACGAAUACCAUCGCGACCUCGAUCAACAACAGCAUGUACAACCAGUCGGCAACGUACGCCAAUGAUGUCAAUUCACAGGUUACCGCCAUGCAGUCCACCAUCAACGAUGGUAUCUUCGGAUGGGUAAAUGUCACCACCACCACUCUGAACGAUACCGUCGUGGAAUUUUACAACGGCGUUCAGAGCGCCGUGAAUGCAGUUUUCAAUGGUACGAUCCUCGAGACGCCUGCCCAGGAUUUCAUCCAGUGUUUGAUCGGGUCCAAGGUCGACGCGAUUGAGAAUGUCUUGACAUUCUUGAACGAGCACCUACAAGUCGACCUACCUCUGAUGAACGACAGCGCUUUGGUGCUAUCCCGGAGCUCAAUUGACGAGGCCUCUCAGCCCAUUGCCGCUGCCGCCCUUGGCAGCGGGUCUGGCGACGAAAACGAUGGACUGGUGGGGAAGCUCGUCAGAGCUUACGCCUCGUCUCUGAAGAAGGAACGAAUCAUGUUCGCGAUCUUCCUCGCACUGUGGGGCGUAGUGGUCUUGAUGGCCAUCUGCAUCCUACUAUGGCACACUCACGGGAAAGGUUGGGUCGAGGCAAGGAAGCGACGCAAGUGGGAGAGAGAGCAGAGAAGCGGAAACCAAGGACUCGUCGUCCCUUUCAAGAUCGACCAGCCCCUUGCUGACGAAAAGGCUCAGAAUCAGAACCGGAACUACAGCUCGGAAUCCGUGUCUGCACCUCCUUCUCCGAGGCGCGGGUUUAAUUUUCCUUUUGUUCGGACCCGUUCGCGCUCGCCUUUUGCAGCUCGUGACGAACCUGCCGAGAAGAGCUGGGAUGGCAUUUUUGGGGAGAAGCCCGAUGCACCCUCCCAGGAGCCCAUCAGCAAACCGCAGCGCCUGAUGGCGAUCGGGAAGAAGGCUUGGAGCAAGGAACGAUCUGUUUCUGACAAGCAGCAAGAUAACGGGACCACACCGUGGUACGGUCGGUUUGCUGGGUUACUGAGCAAGAAACGUACCGAGGAGGAACCUGUCUCCGAACGUUCUUCGACCCGGGUCCGUCCAAACUUGCGCAUUUCCGUCGGUCGCGCCGCCAGCGCCACACCGUCGUUUCCCCCCAUUGCCGCCGACAACCCUCGCGACACCCUCCACUCCCACUGGUCCGCCUCUCCUGAACUCGCCCGACCUACUCCCUGGACGAAGAUGCUCUCACCGCCUUUCAAGCUGAGCCCGCGCCGGCCGAACGACGUGCCCUCCGACGUUAAUUCGGUGUACGAGCCAGAUUCCCUCGCUCCGCCCUUGCAUCAUGGAUUCAACCACCGUCGAUCGAUGUCGGACUCGUCCAGGAUCCUGAACGCACGGAAGGAAGAUCCUUUCACGACACCUUUUGAUGAUGAGCAUCGUGUGACGAUCAGCUAUGCUGGUGAUGCCCGAAAGAGUAUCCCGACGAAUCCGUUUGCUGCUGUUGCUAUUUAAUACGACCGACUCAUUCAGUUGCGCUAGCGCAUUGAAUCUGCAAUGACCGUCACGUUACGAGGACAAAAACAAGGACAAUGCUAUAUCUAAUACUCGGUGUUCGCACUUAAUUAGGGUCUGCAUUACGCUGUAUUUCUAGGUAUAUGAGCUGGACUUUUUGCAUACGCACUCAUCAUUGUAGCUAGCAUCUUCCCUCGGGUAUAAUAUAACUCCUUUAUUAUCUAUCUGCCCUAUGGGU